GAGACAACUGAUUUCUUCUGCGCACAAGCCUCUCGAACAGCAGACCCCCGCGCAACGAACUCGCCGAUGAAUUCAGGCGAUCUACGACGAAUUACUCGCCGAGGAAAACAAAUCCAAAAGCUAGGUCAUCAUGAUUACUCCCGACGUCUUUCACAGCGCGCCUUUUUUUUUUUCUCUCUCUCUAACCCCCUCUCCCCUACUUUUUCCGUACCAAUCUCUUCUCUCUCCUCCAAUGGCGGAGUCGCGAUAGCAUAAAGAGGGAUCAGGGGAGAGAGGGUAGGAUAUAUACUGGGAGAUAGAGUGUGAGAUAGAGAGAAGUGUGUGUGGGGGGGAAUUUGAGGAAUUUAGUGAGAAUUAUGUUAAUUUUUCCUUGUUUUUGAGCUCGAUUUGAGUUGCGGAAGCGAACGGGGGUGGUGGAGGGGGUUUCAAGGGGGGGAUUUGUUUUGGGAUUCAUGAGAGUAGGGGACAAUGGCGGAGGGAGUAGGAGACGGGGCGAAGAUUAGGGUUGUGCGAUGCCCCAAGUGCGAGAAGCUUCUCCCGGAGCUCCCUAAUUACUCGGUUUAUCUCUGCGGAGGAUGCGGCGCUACGCUUCAAGCAAAGAAGCAAAACCCAGCAUCCGAUGUUUCCUCAGAUAAAUCUGAUGGAGAAAAUGUGAAAUAUCUCGAAGUAUUAGAAAACUGCUCUGCAAAGAAGAAGGUGAUUUCAGAGGCAAAUUCAGAAACUGAUGCGGAAGGCGAUAAAGUCGAAUAUUUAAGAGAAGGGAGAUCACUGCCGGAUAAUUCAAGCUCUCAAAAUGAUGCUAACGGUGCUUUAGAGGAUCCCGGGACUUCAAAGCUCGGUAGUCCUUUUCGCGAGAACAGCUGCAAGAGAAAGGAAAUUAAAGAGAAAGGAGAGGCCCAACCACCCGUUGAAGGGAGAGAAAGAUUUCGGUGCACUUCUUAUCCCGACGAAGGCCCGUCAGAUUAUCACUUUAACUCAAAAUACAUGUAUGCUGGUGCGGAGCAUGGCCAAAGCCGAGUUGGCCAUCUCGAGCAAGACAGAGCUGAGCUUUUGAGAAUGCUCGAUGAGCUGAGGGAUCAAGUCCAAAGAUCCUGUGAAGUCGGCGACAAACAGAAUGCUAGUGCUCAUGCAAGUAGAUCAAACAAUUCCUCAAGUUCUUAUGGUCCGUAUGAUCGAGUUAAUUGGUUGCCGCAAAGGCUGUCGUCCUUGAACCGAAACGCUUCAAGGCGUUCUCCUUCCUUAAAUGGGCACAAUUUCUAUUCUUCCGUGCCACAACAUGAAAUUUCUAAUUAUGGUAGAGCUCCGUUUCAUCCUUCUGGUCAGCGUACAAGGAGGCCAGAGGAUAAUUACUUCUAUGGAUGUUUCGAUCCUGAUCCUCUUAUUUCUUAUCAUCAUGAGGGUUUCUACCAUCAGCCGGCUUGUUCGUGCUUACAUUGCCACCAGCCAGAGUUCGUCAAUCAUCAAAGGGUUCCGUAUGUUAUGAACAACCAUCCGAUGCUUACUUCUCAAAGUUAUAGUCCAAGAGGUAUGAAUGCUACUUUCGCACGAAACCAUCGUAAUACUAAUUUCAGCAAGAAAGCAGGGUAUUCUUGUCAACCAAUCGUUGGUGCUGCCCCUUUUACCAUAUGUUUUAAUUGUCAUGAAUUGCUGCGAUUACCGGAAGAAUCUCUCAUUGCAGAAAAGAAUCAGUUUCAAAUGCGAUGUGGGUCGUGCUCUCAUGCAAUGCUAGUCAAGCUUGAUGGAAGUAGGCUGGUCAUUUUGGAUACUUCACCAAUUUCACCUAUUCCUUCAGAAAACAAUGAUGAUUCUAUUGAUAGUCCACAAAAUUAUGCUCUGGGUAUAGAUGAGAAGCUUCUUCCAUCUUAUAACUUCUCCUUUAAUCGAGAAGUGCUAGAGAGGGAGCAUCAGUUAAAUUCGAGUGCAUCAGAGAAAAUGCAAGUCCUGUCUUCUUCUUCCAGCCUGUCUGGCCAUGUGGAGAGCCCAGGUACUUCAAAUUCUCAGAAAGAGCUUCCUCCAGAAGAAGAAGUGAUUUCGCGCGUUCCCAGUUUACCACUUCGUGAACAUUUUGGAUACUUGUCAGCCGAUCAAGUGGUUGAUGGGCCUGGAAAAGGGAGCAGAAGUAAACGCUCCGAACAAGAGAAAGUUGUAUUAUUAGCUGAAACCUUGAAGCAAAGCUCAGUAAAAGAUGUACCAGUGGCGACUGAGAUGGACUUGUCACCUGAUGAGUAUCCUGAUCCGGGUUUGUCUCAAGAUUCAUUUGACUUGCCCAGAUAUGAAGAUCAACCUAGGAAUGUCAAGGGCGGUGAUUCAUUCCUUAGCAACCUCAUAAAGAAGAGCUUUAGAGUUAACCAGUCGGUGGUGACCGGUAAAUCGAAAGUUUCAAUUAAUGGUUAUCCUAUCUCUGAUCGUGUUGUUAAGAAGGCAGAGAAACAGGCUGGACCUAUCUGUCCUGGUGAAUAUUGGUAUGACUAUCGUGCUGGAUUCUGGGGUGUAAUGGGACAACCCUGUCUUGGCAUAAUCCCGCCAUUUAUUGAUGAGUUCAAUUACCCUAUUUCCAAGAAUUGUGCUGCUGGGAAUACUGGUGUUCUUGUUAAUGGGAGAGAGCUUCAUCAAAAAGAUUUGGAUUUACUUAUUGGUCGAGGACUCCCAGGUACUGCCGGUCAAUCAUAUAGAAUUGAAAUUUCAGGGAAAGUUUGGGAUGAAGCCUCCGGAGAAGAGCUAGAUUGUCUCGGCAAGCUGGCACCAACUGUCGAGAAAAUGAAACGUGGAUUUGGCAUGCGGGCUCCAAGAGUCAUCGCAUAAGUGGAAAUUUCAAAGGGCGGCUCUCUCGACUGUGUGAAGUCAAUCUGUAACCACACUACAGUGAAAAAAAAAGAGGAGAGAAAGUCUUAUGGUGCCUAUGCUGUUCUAUACAAAGGCGAAGGUAUUAUUGAUUUAUAUAUUGGCGUGUGAAUCUACGGUUGUUUGAGGAACCUGCUUGGAGGAAAGUUCAGAGAAGUUUUCUGGUAUUUUCAUUUCUUGGCAUGCUGGUUCUCUCAUCUUCUGCAUUUUCUUCUCUUUAAAGUUGUUCUCCUCCUCUAUUUACCAACCUGAACUCUUUCUGUUUAAUUGUUUAGAGUGCUCUUGUUGUCCGUUCCCGAGUUGAGAAGUUGUUUGUUUACAGAUGUAUAACUAUGUGGCAUUUGUGGUGCAUCCACUUCCUUUUUGUAGGAAUAUUAAGUUUCUAGAGGAGUGCUUUUAUUGUGUUUUUUUUCCUCUUUCACAUCAAACUCUUGAAUUGAAAUGAUUAUAAUUGCGCCUGUAAUUUUUUAAA